CCCGGUUUCAGCCACCCUCCGGACUCGGAGAGUCCUUCCCUAUCGAUGCCGCCGGUGGCCUACAAGCGCGGCUGGGUGGCCUCAGCCGCCCCUGGGGUGCUGGAGACGGCGCUGGCGGAAGCGGAUCCCAGCGGCGCGUGUGCGGAGGCCGUCUGCGAGGCCGAGCCGGCGCCGGCGCUGGAGCCCGUGGGCGUAGCUGUGGGCUCCGAGGAGGUCGCCUGGCGCCGGGAGGAGGAUGCCUGGGUCCUGUCGAUCCCCGCAUGCUCGGCGGACGAGGUCACGUUGGACACCUCGGCGGAGGCGCUGCGCGUCGGAAGCCGACGUGUGGCCUGGCCGCGGCCGGUGUCCCAGCGGGAGGCAGACGGCUGCGUGGCUCGCUUCUCCAGGAAGCGGCAAGUUUUGAUCGUGAAGCUGGAGCUGGAAGCCAAGGACACGGAGCCAGAGGUGAUUCAAGAAAAAGUGCACGCGUUGACCACAAGGCUGGCCGAGCUCAAGGCGCCUGAGCCAGAAGCCCGCGCCAGGGUACCGCGGCAGAGUGCGGCGGAGAACCUCGCCCGGCCGACGCGGCAGGAUGCGGCGGAGGCGGAGAACCUGGCCGCCAUUCUGAUGCUUCACUCUACUGCGGCGCUGGGGAACGCCGGCGGCCUGCAGCGGCUGCUGGCGAGCAAGUGCCUCCCCGACGCCCCGGACGAGUGUGGGGCCACGGCCCUGGAGAAGGCGUGCCUCAACGGGCACGAGGAGUGCGCGCGCCUGCUGCUGGAGUUCGGGGCCAAGGCCAAGGGCCUGCCCGGAGCUCCCUCCACGCCUUUGCACCGCGCCGCCAUUUGCAGCACCGGCGUGGUGGCCCGCGGGCGGCUGCUGCGGCUGCUGCUGGAGUACUCCGCGACCCCCGACUGCAAGGACUCGUCCGGGCGGACCGCAGCUGAGCUGGCGGCCGAUGGCUCUGUGGAGGCCGCCGCCGCAGACUUGAUCAGAACGCAGCCAAAAUGACACGCCGUGUGCGCGUGGCUUUGUCGAGCCA